AUGCAAUUACUGACAGAACAAAUCGGUGGUAAUCUUGAUUACGAUCUACAUCUGCUCCCGUACAUUCUAUUCUCUGUUUCAGGUAACAUCAAGACAAACGCUGUGCUUGAUGUGGAAUCCAAGAGGGGAUACUGGUUGACCGUGUACGCGCAAGAUCACGGCGUUGUUCCUCUCAGUUCGAGUUUACAGGUGUACGUGGAGGUAUUGGACGAGAACGACAACACCCCGUUAACGGAGGUCCCGGUUUACUAUCCCUCGGUGCCAGAGAACUCACCAGCCGGCGUCAACGUUCUGCAGAUACGGGCGUUCGAUCGCGACGUCUCGCCCCAACAAUUCACGUUUUCCAUCACCAGCGGCAAUCCAGAAGGUUAUUUUCUCAUCAACAUAACCACUGGACUGAUUACGACGAGCGGACGGAAACUCGACCGGGAAAAUCAAGCGGAGCACGUCCUCGAGGUGACGGUGAAAGACGACGGGAUACCGCCGCUCUCGUCAACGACCCGCGUCGUGAUCGCCGUGACGGAUAUAAACGAUCAUGGGCCUGAGUUCAAGCAAAAGUACUACACCGUUCAGAUUCCGGCGUCACCGUCCACCGAGAAGCCGCUGUUCCAGAAAUCGAGGAACCGCUCGCGGGAGUUCGACCUCUCGGUCGAUACGUUACUAGAGAAUGGAACUUGGGAGACAUUUAGCCCCGACAACUUGUCAGGAGAUCGUAUCUUCAGGGUGCUUGCAAACGACGAAGACAUCGGCGACAAUGGGAAAAUUCAGUAUAGCAUCAAGGGUGGUCGUGGGAAGGGCAAGUUCAAAAUACAUCCUACCACUGGGCUAGUUUACUCCCAGAAGGGUUUCGAGGCCGGACAAGAAUACGAGAUGAUGAUAAAGGCCUCAGACAGCGGUGAACCACAGCGGAGUCAUCAGACGCGGGUGUCCGUGCAAGUGGUCGAGGUACCCAAGGAAUCCGAGCAUCCACCGGUCUUCAAGACGAACAAUCAAAGCGUCGAGGUCACAGAGAGCGAUGAGGUCGGCUUCCUUGUGGCUCUGGUCCAGGCCACGGACAAAGACGGCGAUUCCUUGUGGUACGAUAUUCUCGAUGGAGACAAGCGAGACGAGUUCUUUAUCGGUCGGGACAACGGGAACGUGUUACUAGCAAAGAAACUCGACUGGGAGACCCAGAACUUUUACAAUCUAACGAUAGGCGUGACUGACAGCGUGCACACGGCUGUAACACAGCUUCUGGUGACGGUGAUCGAUAUAAACGAUCACCGUCCAGAGUUCACUGAAAGCACCUACCACGUGGACAUAUCAGAGAACGUGGAGAAAGGUGAGAAAAUCUUGCAGCUGCACGCGACCGACGAGGACGAAGACAAGAAAGUUUUCUAUAGCCUUCACGCCGCUCAGAGUCAAGCUUCCCUCGGGAUCUUCCACGUGGACUCUGUAACGGGCACCGUGACUUUGAACGAGGUGCUCGACCGAGAAACUAUCGAAGAGCACGUGCUCACCGUUAUGGUAAAGGAUCAGGGAACUCCCGCGAAACGUAAUUACGCAAGAGUGAUAGUGACCGUGCACGAUCACAACGAUCACGCGCCGGAGUUCACCUCGGAGAUCAUCCAAGGUAAAGUGUACGAGACCUCACCAAUCGGCGCAGCCGUCGUCCAGGUCUACGCCAUCGACAGGGACAGAGGAGACAACGCGAGAAUCACUUAUUCGAUAACGUCCGGAAACGUAGGCAACAUGUUCACGAUCGACCCGGAAUUAGGUGUGAUUCGCGUGGCAAGAGAAUUGGAUCUGGGCGUCUCUUCGGAAUACAUAUUAUUAGUGAAAGCUACGGACCAUGGGUCUCCAGCAUUGGCUAAUACGAUACCAGUUCACGUGAUGGUUACUAUGGCUGAUAACGCUCCACCAAGAUUCAUACAGAAAGAACUGUCCGCGGAGAUCUAUGAGAAUCAACAAUUAGGUACUUACGUGAAAUACGUGGAAGCUAGAAGCACUUCGUCUCUGCAGUUCGAGAUAAUCAAUGGAAAUAAGGAUGACACGUUCUUCGUGAAUCCUAGUACAGGUAUCAUAGUUAUCAAAAACGAGCUGGAUUACGAGAAGACCAAGUUUUAUAAUUUGACGAUCGGUGCGACUAAUAUGGCCGGUGCUUCGGCGAGCUGCAACGUGAUCAUUCACAUUCUGGAUCGUAACGACAACGCGCCCAGGUUCCUGCAAGCUACUUAUAACGGGCAAAUCAGCGAAGGCGCCAGUAUCGGUUCCCUGGUGCUCACGAACACCAGCACACCGUUAGUUAUUAAAGCUGAGGACGCGGAUUCGGAAUUAAACGCUCUUUUGAAUUACGACAUUGUGGAGGAUCUGCCGAGAAAAUAUUUUCAUAUCGACUCCAGCACAGGUGCCAUUAGAACGGUAAUGGUCCUAGAUCACGAGACCAUGCCGAGGUUCACGUUCCACGUAAAGGUUUCCGAUCUGGGGAAACCGAAGCUGUCUUCCGAGACCACGGCCAAAGUGGUGAUCGUAGUUACGGAUGUCAAUGACUGCCCGCCCAAAUUCCUUCAAAACGAUUACAAUACCACUGUGCUACUGCCCACCUACAAGAACGUUGCAGUUAUUCAAGUUAGCGCCGUCGACCCUGACAGUUCUGAAGGAGUUCCACUUAGAUACGAUAUAAUUGACGGGAACAAGGGUCACACGUUCGACAUAGACUCUCAGACGGGCGUGAUCACCGUCCACAAUCCGGAUCGUAUGAAGAAAAGUUACCUGCUCCGAGUACGCGUCUCCGACGGGAAGUACUCGAGCGUUUGUCAAGUGAACGUGCUGGUGAGGAAGUCGGAGAACUCGGGGCUGAUGUUCCAGAAGAACGUGUACGAAGGCACCAUUCAGGAGAACUCGACCAGGAUCACGACCGUUGCAGUAGUGAACGUUUUGGGUACCGCGUUAAACGAACAUGUUGUCUUCAGUAUACUGAACCCGACAAACAUGUUCGUGAUCGGACCAACCUCCGGCGCGAUUCGUACUACCGGCAUCAGAUUCGAUCGCGAGGUAUGCGACCAUUACGAAUUGAUAGUCGAGGCAAAGAGCCAGCAACCCGACAGAGAUAAGCCCAGGGUAGCGCAUGUGAUCGUAAACGUUACCAUAUCGGACAUCAACGACAACUGCCCAAUGUUCGUCAACCUGCCAUACUACGCCGUCGUCUCCGUCGACGCACAAAAGGGCGACGUUAUCACCAAAGUGCACGCAGUGGACAUGGACAGCGGUGAUAACGGAGAAGUCAGAUACGAAUUGAAGAAAGGACAUGGGGAGCUCUUUAAAGUGUGCCGGAAGACGGGCGAGAUAUCCCUAAAACAGAACUUGGAAGGACACAAUCGCGAAUAUCAACUCACCAUCGCUGCAUACGACGGUGGCAUUACGCCGUGCUCGAUCGUAGUCCCGGUGAACGUGAAGGUGAUAGACCGAUCAAUGCCGGUGUUCGACAAGCAAUUCUACACAGACAGCGUUUUAGAGAGCAUCGAGAUUCACUCGCCGCUGGCUCUGUCGAUUCACGCCGAAUCACCCUUGAAUCGCAAACUCAUAUACAGCAUAACCAAGGGGAACGAUUUCGAAGAAUUUGCCCUGGAUUUCAACACAGCCCCCGACAGUAACAAUGGUCCUUGUGUGAUCUACGUGGUGGACGAAUUGGAUUACGAGCAAAAGAAGCAGUAUGAGCUGACGGUGCGCGCGACCGACAGUGUGUCCGGCGUCUACGCCGAGGUGCUCGUCAGCAUCCUAGUGCUUGACGUGAAUGAUUGUCCACCUGAAUUCACCCAGGAUUCGUACAAUAUCUCCGUAUCCGAGGCAGCGCCGUUCGGCACCUCCGUGUUGAGAGUCCACUCGAGGGAUAAUGAUACUGGUAUAAACCAGGAGGUGCGUUACGCAAUCCAGAAUGACACGGAAAACAGUAGUGAUCUGUUCCACAUCGACUCGGAGGAAGGUGUGAUAUUCCUGAAGCGAUCCCUGGAUCACGAGAGCCACGAAUCGCACCAUUUCACGGUGAUCGCGAUGGACCGCGGCGUGCCGAGCCUCUCGAGCACGGCUCACGUCUGGGUGACGGUGAUCGAUAUGAACGACAAUUCACCGAAGUUUGAGCAGCCCUCGUACACGUGCUGGCUGUCCGAACACGCGGAGCGGGGCCAAUUCGUGACCGUGGUGUCCGCCAGCGACCCAGACUACGUGGACGAGAAAUUGACAUACACGAUCGUCGGUGGUAACGAACAACAGACUUACAACAUCGACCAAUCGACCGGCGUAAUCACAUUGAUCAACAUGCAGAACUUUGGAGAGAAGAAACUCACUAUGCUGAACGUGUCCGUUACUGACAACGUGUACACCAGCUUCGCUCGAGUGAAGAUCGAGAUUUUACCUGCGAACAGGCACAAUCCCAAGUUCCCCAAUCCGGUGGUAGAGGUGACGGUGCUUGAGAAUCAGUUGCCGGGUAGAUUGGUAACAAGCGUGAUCGCGAACGACGAAGAUUUCGGCGAAUACGGAGCGCUCGUCUACACCAUAGCUUCAGAUUUUAUGAAAGAGGUGUUCGAUAUAAACAGAGAAACCGGGGAGAUCGUAACUAGGAAGAAAUUGAACCGAGAGAACCAGAAGCUGUACGAGAUACCUGUAAUGGCUACCGAUGGAGGUGGCAGGUCGGGAUUCGUAAUGGUCCGAGUGAGGGUUGGCGACGAGAACGAUAACUCGCCAGUGUUUCUUCUGAGAGAGUAUAAAGCUAGUAUACAUGGGAAUUUGACUGUGAACACGCCGUUCCUCAAAGUGAAAGCGCAAGAUGCUGACGAAGACGACGCUGCUAGAAUCGUUUAUUCGAUAUACGAACCUCAGACGUCGGAAGCCAAAUCGCUGUUCGGUAUCAAUCCUGAUAACGGAGCGAUGUUCCUACAGAAAAGCGCGAUACCUUGGGAAAACCAAUUGUUCGAGUUAUUCAUCCGAGCCGAAGACAAAGGCGGAGCGACGACUCACCAUGCGGACGUUCCCCUAAACAUCUACAUAAUGGGACCACAGGACAUUCCACCGCUGUUCGAACGCAAAGAGGACAAAUUUUUCAUAUCCGAAGCAUCGCCUGUCGGCACACCGAUAACGAGACUAAAGACAGUAACCAACAACACUGUCACGUAUAGGAUCGUUUCCGGAGACGAGGACUCUCCACUUUUUUCGGUCGACUCCCACGGACAAGUUACGCUAGUUAAACCAUUAGAUAGAGAACUUAAAGACAAUCAUUUAAUCGGAGUGCUGGCUGAAACGGAUUCGAGUCCACCGUUGACGGCUUUGGCUGAAAUCUCGCUUCAGGUGUUGGACGACAACGAUCACGCUCCUAAGUUUGAAAGCAAUCCUUAUAGUAUCAGUUUGGCGGAGAAUAUCGAGGAAGGAACGUCUAUUUUGAAGAUCAUCGCCCAUGACGAUGAUUUAGGUAGCAAUGGGGAGGUUCGAUAUUCCUUUGGAUCAGACAUCGGCGAGUUAGCGAACGUUUUCACGAUUGAUCCUUACACUGGUUGGAUCUCGACCCUGGUUCUGCUAGACAAGGAGAAACAACCGGAAUACAAAUUCCAGGUGGUCGCUACGGAUAACGGGAAUCCGAAACACUUUGCGAGAACUUCGGUACAUGUGAAAUUGAAAGAUUACAAUGACAACCCGCCAUCGUUCGUGGACGAUCUUUACGAGGCAGCGGUGAAUGAAGAUGCUCUUCCAGGGACCGUGGUGGUGAAGCUAGUUACUGUGGAUAAAGAUUCUGACGUGAACACGCCAAUAGAAUUCUAUAUAACAUCAGGCGACCCACGAUCCCAGUUUCAAAUCAGAUCGACCGGCGAAGUUUAUGUCGCCAAGGCUCUGGACCGGGAAACGAUGGACCGUUACGAGCUCGAGAUAGUCGGCACCGACGGCAAAUACGUAUUCAAGACGCGUGUGACAGUCCAAGUGUUCGACGUUAACGACAACCCGCCGUAUUGUUUGAGAUAUCGUUACCGCGAGAUAUUAUCCGAAGGAUCGCACCCAGGAACCUACGUGCUGACUGUCUUAGCUACCGACUACGACGACGAACCUAACGCCAAGCUGCGUUUCUACUUAACCGGUGAUAACAACGACAAAUUCUCGCUAGACAAGGAAACAGGCGUGUUGAAGACCGUCGGCCAGCUGGAUAGAGAAACUCAGGCAAAAUAUUCCUUGACUGCUCACGUUCAAGACAGGGACAAGCCUCUGUGGGAGUGCUCCUCGCAGCUGGAGAUUCUCGUCUCCGAUCUAAAUGACAAUGCGCCGAAAUUCACGAUGCAAACUUACAGCGCCACGAUGCCAGAAGAUGUCGAGGUCGGUACUUUGGUGACUAAGGUGCACGCGACAGACGAUGAUAUCGGUAUCAAUCGCAAGAUCAGAUACGAGUUCAUCGACUCCGCCGAAGGUCAUUUCCUGAUCGCCGCGGAUAGCGGUAUCGUGACACUUGGGAAACCUUUGGACAGAGAAACAAAGGCGAUGUACAACGUUACUAUUCAAGCGGUGGAUCAGGGAACUCCUCAAUUAACAAGCGUCACCUCAUUAAUCGUCAACGUCCAGGAUAUCAACGACAAUCCACCGGAAUUUGCAUCGAAAGUUUAUUUCUCGAGAGUGCCCGAGAUCUACGCAGUUGGCACGGAAGUGUCCAGAGUGCUUGCAACGUCUAAAGACACCGGAGUCAACGCGGACGUUUACUACUCAAUCGUCGGCGGGAACGAGCAUAAAAAGUUCCAAAUCGAUGCGCACACCGGAGUUAUCACUAUUGCUGAACAGUUGGAUUACGAGAGGGCAAGGGAUUACUUUUUAACUAUUCAGGCUAUGGACGGAGGCAUCCCUCCUCUCAGCAAUCAUGCCACGGUGAACAUUACUGUGAUCGAUAGCAAUGAUAAUGCACCCAUCUUUAGCGAAGUGUCGUACAGGGCUGAUGUGAGGGAGGACGCGAAAAUAGGAGAGAAAAUCAUUCAGGUGUAUGCGAACGACCUGGAUAGCGAAGUGAAUGGAAAUGUAUCUUAUUACAUAGAACGAGGCGACAGGAAAAGGCAGUUUUCGAUCAAUCAGAGGACGGGGCAGAUUGCCGUUGCCGCGUCGUUGGAUCGUGAAGAGAUCGGCAGUUACGACCUGGAGAUCCACGCUCGGGACAGCGGCGUACCAAUGCUCUCCAGCUUCGUGAUAGUAAACAUCGAGAUUCUAGACGCAAACGACAAUCCUCCUCUGUUUUCUUUAUCAAACUACACGGCGGUGGUCCAAGAAGACAAGCCUCUGGGCUAUACCGUGUUGCAAUUUGAAGUAACUGAUGCGGACAUCGAGCCAAAUGCCGCCCCGUAUACCUUCGAUUUCCUGUCCGGGAACGAAGGUAACGCGUUCAGAGUAGAACAGGACGGGAGCCUGCGGACAGCGACCAAAUUCAACAGCAAACUGAAAGAUAAAUACGCGUUACACGUACGCGUGUUCGACAACGGCAAACCCCAUUUGUACUCCGACGCAUGGAUCAUGAUCAAAGUGAUCGGAGAAUCGCAGUAUCCGCCAGUGAUCACUCCCCUGGAGGUGACUGUUAAUUCGUACAUGGACGAGUAUCCCGGAGGUAUUAUCGGGAAAGUCCACGCGACAGAUCAGGAUCAAUACGACUCGCUUUUAUACAGUUUGGUCCCAUCGUCUCCUAUACCGAACGACCUCUUCCAAAUCGACAAGAUCGACGGCACUUUGGUAGCUCUCCCGCGAUUGGACGUCGGCGAAUACCGAAUAAACGUCAGUGUGACGGAUGGAAAGUUUCAUUCUUAUUCCACCGUGAGAGUGAAUGUGAAUUUAAUUACUGAGAGAAUGCUGGAGAACGCGGUGAUAAUUAGGUUCAGGGAGGUCAGCCCGGAGGAUUUCAUACUGAGUCAUCGCAAGGUGUUCGAAAGAACGGUGCGCAACGUGAUCAACUGUACGUUGGAGGAUAUAAUUAUUAUCAGUGUUCAGCCAUCCACGGACGAGAUAAAUUUAAUCAAAUCUCGAGCGAUUCGUCAAGCGGUGCAUAACGACUUAGACCUUCUGUUCGCCGUGAAGCAGAGAUCAACUAUUUUAGGCUCGAUCAGUUUUUAUACAUCGGAAUAUAUUCGCGAGCGUUUGAACGAGCAUAUCAGAGAUCUAGAGCAGUCGACGAAGUUGGUGGUGGAGGAUAUCGUCAGGUUUAAGUGCAACAAGGGUUACUGCAUUUACGGUGAUUGCCAACACAAAAUCGUCCUCGACGUGAUCCAGAUAUCACCGGUGGCUACCGAUGUGAUGAGCUUCGUGUCUCCGCGUCACAAACACAAGAUGGAGUGCAGCUGCAAAGAGGGGUACGCCGGGACUCACUGCGAGGUGGUCGUAAACGAGUGCGCCAGAGAUCCGUGCCCACUGUUCAAAGUCUGCAUUCCCGACUCGUCGAUGCAAGGAUAUUCCUGCCAAUGUCCCGAAGGCUUCGCAGGUCAGACUUGCGACAUAGACAUCUCUAAAUGCCACGACGAGUCCUGUUACAUUCCGAGGAAUCCCAUAUCAUUCAGCGGUAAAAGCUACGCACGGUACAGGAUCGACAAAGCUAUCAUCAGGCAGACCAUCGAGGAUCGCCUUAGUCUCUCAUUGAGGAUCAGAACCGUUCAGUUAACUGGAAACUUGAUGUACGCGGCUGGCAAAGUGGAUUACAACAUCCUAGAAGUUGUGAACGGAGUUGUUCAGUAUAAAUUUGACUUAGGCAGCGGAGAAGGUUUGGUGCGUGUAAACAGCAUGUACGUGAGCGACGGUCAGUGGCACGAGAUUCAACUAGAACGAGAGAGUAAUAGCGCGACGUUGACCGUGGAUGGAAAGCACGUGGCUCACGGAUCAGCGCCCGGUAUCAACGACAUUCUAAACCUCCAAUCGGACGAUCUUUACUUAGGCGCGGAGGUCAGGCAGCAUCCUUCGAUCCUCGGUUUCGAGGAUGUCCAGCGUGGUUUCAUGGGCUGCAUGGACGACGUUCGUAUCGCAGGAAUCUCCGUACCAUUGCAUAUGAGCGGAGCCAGCAGUGUGGUAGUCUUGAAACGAUUCGCUAACGUCGAAUUCAGCUGCGACGCAGCGACAGUUCUUGUGCCUCCGGGAAUUUGUGGCUCGCAGCCUUGUCAGAACGGUGGAACUUGUAAAGAUUCGGGAAGCGACACUUACGAGUGCCAGUGUCAUAGCAGAUUCGCGGGCCUUGCUUGUGAAAUCGAUACCGAUCCCUGUGCCUCUUCUCCUUGUCUCUAUGGAGGCCGCUGCAAAGUCAUUCCUGAAGGAGGCGACUACACUUGCGACUGUGUUGGCCCAAGUUUAAGCGGGAAACGAUGCGAGUUCGGCAGGUAUUGCAGCCCGAAUCCAUGCAUCCACGGUGGUGUUUGCGAGGAAGGGAACAAUGGGCCGAUAUGCAAGUGCCAAGGAUUCAUGGGAGAGCGUUGCGAGUCCGACGUGAACGAGUGCGACGCUAAUCCCUGCACAAACGGCGGCACCUGCGUGAACGAGAUUGGAACUUACAGAUGUGUCUGUCCACCCAAUAUGACAGGAUUGAACUGUGGCAACCCGGCGUACUCAACACCGAUCAUAUCCAGCCAUUUAAACAUCACAUGGGAGCAGCUAAUGUGGAUCGGCGUCGCGGUUGUGUUAAACGUAUUCCUGAUAGUCAUAUUCCUCGCGUUCCGACGCAUCAGGAUGAAACGCACGAGGGCCAGGGCGAACAAUAUCAACAAUGAAACUAGGAAGCAGAUCGUAUUGAACUCCGCGCGGCCCAACGAGCACGAGUUCAAGCGGAGUUCGAAACUGAGCAACUUAGAAGUGAUACAGAGAGAACCUCCCCAAUGCCCUCCAAGACCUGCUUCCUACACCCCCAGCUCGAACAACGAGCCGGCCUACGGUAAUUCCGCGGCGGUUGCGUUGAACAAUCUCGACACGCUUCGCAGUUACGGUAGCGCCGGCGACGAGCUGGAGAAUUUCCCGCCGGAUUAUUUGAGAAAUCUGAACAGAAGCACACCCGUACCGCCUUCGUCCCUGACCCUCCCUAACCCGGUCGGCGGAAACGCUACAGCCAGCGACACGGAUAGCCUCCAUAAGCCUAGUUGGCAAGAGCAGAUGCAGCUAGCCUCCUUCAUCACGGACACGACCAAGAUUAAGAACGACCUGAAACGAGCGAGCCCAGUGGUACCAGAGCUGACCACUGGAGGACUUCUACUAAAUUCUUCUCGUCGCGUGCCUCAUGGAGGUGGGACCUCCGUUGCCUCCAUGACGUCCAUCGAGGAUGAUCCUCGUAUUGUCGGUGGGUAUCACUGGGACUGUUCAGACUGGGUCCGACCAAGCCAAAACCCGUUGCCUAAUAUCACGGAGGUGCCUGGAAGCGAGGUACCAGACUCGUCCAGCUUCCACAGCAAUGAGAGUAACGAAUCGAACACUCAUCAGUUACCGUCAGUGCACGGCUCUGUAGACCCGACGCGGGACAUUGAGACGUUGAACGAAGACCAGGAGUCGGAAUACGUCGGCGAUUCGGAAUGCGGUACCGAGUUCUCCGAGCAGUACCACCAGUGCCCGGAGACGCAGCGGCUGAACCCGUUGGACAGCGGCGGCGAGGGCGAGUACAAGUACAAAGGUUCCGAGAGUUACCUCCGGCAUCCGAACAGCUACCUGCCGCACUACAACAUCCACACGGACACGGAGAACGAGGCGAACCCGUUGAAUGGUCGCCUCAGCACGUUGGAAUCCGACGAGGAGGAAGACGACGUAGUGCCUUAUGGUUUCCCGAGCACCCGACGGAACCGGUGUCACCACAAGGUGGAUGAGGCUGACGAGAUCGGUUCGGUGAUCACCACCCUCGAAGAGAGGAAUUCGCUGUUGGGCGGCGCGACUAGCAACAGUGACCUCUCGACGAACCUGUGCGAAAUCGACGACUCCGAGUACGAGAUCGCCGACCAGAAGAGUAAUGGUCGCCUGUGGUUAUCCGGUAACGGCAUCACGCAGACCUCGGUGUGACGAACACCGGUGCCAAGACUCGAUUACAGACUGAACGCCGUUCUCUGUGCUUAAGAGAACGUUUAAUGUGAAUAUAUUACGAGAAGAAUACUUGGAUGUACAUACAUAUUAUCGCGGGCAGCGGGUGUGUACAAAGGCAGCUAACGAACGGUGGAAAUCUCCUAUGUAGGUAGAGCUUAGGACGUACUUAAUUCUUGCGAUCCUCGACGAAAACAAAUUCUAUUCAACCGCAAGUGCGAAAAUAUCUGGGAGCAAUUCAUUCGUUUCCGUUAACGCGUUUCGCGGUGAACGUUCUAAUACACGAAAUUAAGAGGAUCCCUAAUCUUCUUACAUAAUAUAAACCUUUUUAUAGACUGUAUGAAAAUGUAUGAAGUAUCGAAAGUUCAUUGUAUAUUGCAAUGCCUAAUUUCUAUCUAAAACACACAGUUUCUAUAACCGAUGCCAUAAAUAUUUUAUUUCAUAUGAAAAUCUGUAAUUGACAGUGCAUGUAUUUGAAAAUUAGGGAUUGUCUUCAUUUCGUGGAGUUAUUAGCUUCUCCAAUAAAUUCCUGUCUAAUCACUGAGACUUUGGCUUAAGGGGAUAGAUUCCGAUAGCUACGCAAUAAGGCAGACUGUCAAUGUUACCCACAAAAUUAGCCAAAAGUAUGGAUUUACGGGAAUACACUUUUCGUCCUUAUAUGAAAAUAUGUUUCGGUCGUCAGAUACCUCUUUAGGAAGAGAGGAAUCAAAUCUGGCUCGGUCUAGUUAUCAUUUAAUUAAAAUAUGCUGAUAUUUAGCAAUAUAAGCGUUAUAAUGUGGAUGAAAAAUCGUAGUUACAAUGCCUCUGCUUAUAAGCGAUUUUAUAUCCAAAUUGUUUUGAUUGAAAUAAUGGCCAGACCGCGCCAGAUUUAACUUUCUUUUUUCCGAAGAAGUAAGUACCUGACGACCAAAAAAUAUUCUCAUAUAAGGACGAAAAGUGUAUUCCCGUAAAUUAAUAUUUUGCACUAUUUUCGCCUGGUUAUCUAUAAAACAGGACAAAAAACGUCAAAUUUUACCGACGAAUGUUAGAAAAGUCACGUUACUAUCCUAGCCCCUUAAAACUGCUGAUGUAUCCGAAGAAAUGACAGAAGUUUAUUGAGUAAUCUAAUUGCGAUUGAUAUUUAAAUGACACGUUCCUUUUGAUAGGCGAGUUACAUUUCGACGAUUUUUAUGCUAUGUGGACCAUUUUCAGUUUGAUUUUGAUCACAAUUUCCGAUUCUACCAAAGGGGAUGAGGUUUCAAAAAAAUAACUGACAUACGUAUGUAUCUGUAUACAUACAAGGAUAUGUAUUAUGCAUAUACAUAUGUACACCGUGGCGACUAUUAUGCGUUAAGGAAUUUUCUUUUUUGAAAUUUCUUACUGGAAUUUUUUUAUCACCGACCGCAUCAUCAGACCAAUGACUAUUAUUUAAUGAGUUAUCGUUUAAACUUAAAUGUUAUCCGCAACUAUGAUUCCACUGCAUAAAAAAGAAAAGGUACAUAUAUAGGUACAUUUAUGUAUUUUUACUAUUUGCUAACCGACUUUAUUUUGGUUACGACGAGACAGAAGGACUACUUAAUAAUACAUAGGUAAUAAGUAUCGCGUAGCCUAGCGAAGUAAAUUGAAAUUGACUCUAGUGAAAAUGAAGAAAAAGAGAGAAAUGAAGGAACACACAGUGCUCUGCUUGCUAGGGCGAAUAUAUGUGCAUGUCUGUUAGCGUUUUACUGCAGCGAGGCACGAAUAGUUUGAAAAGAGGAUAUGAGAAUAUUUUUACUGUGAUGAUAAUAAUGUUUAUACAAUGAUCAAAUAACUAUGACUUGUAUCAUAACGACUGUAAUAUUAACGAGAAAACUAUCCAACGUUUUUUAAAUGAAGAGAUGGCGGAAGAUAAGUAUUCCAUUUUCGCGUGUACGUAGUGCUAAGUCAACGUUCCGUUCGUUUAACUUCUAUCUUUAUUUCUGUCUCUGAUUGUUUAUUAUUUCUUCUUUUAUACUUCGAACUUCUUCCAUUUAGUCACCAUAGGUUCAGACCAGACGUAAAUUGCAUACAUGGUGCUACUACUUACACACAUCACGCUUUAACAUUUUUUAAUCUACUCUACUCGAUAAGACUGCUCAGCAAACGUGGAUCACGCGCUCUUGCCAUCGAUCAUUCAUACAAUUCUUUUCAGAAGAUCUGUCCAGAUAAAAUAACGAAACAUUUUCGAAAACUGCCAACUUCCGAUUAUUCCAUGCGCGAACGAUGCAGCGUUUAAUUAAUUUUUAUAGGUAAACGCGACUUCUGUGCCUAAUAUAUCAUUUUUAAGAGGGUAUUCUUGUUUUGAAUGAAAAGGGCUUUAGAAACCAGAGGAAUUCUCUUGAAAUACCGUACUUCCAUAUAUAUAUAUACUUCUCUUUUCCCGUUGGAUGAAUGAGGCAGCUUAAUUUCAAUUGGGAGAGGUAUACUCUUUUCUAACACGUAGAGAAUUCUGGCAAAUUUAUGUUCCUGUUCUGUAAAGGAUGCUAGCCACCUUAUUCUAUUAUUUAGCGAAUCCUCUAUUAAUAAUAAUGUUUAAUAAGUAACAAUUAGACUGCGGAUUUUAUGCAUUCAUGUGCGAGAAAAGUACACAUGACUAUUUGCAAAGGAUAAAAGAAAUCUCGAUCUAUAUUCAAUUUUCUAAAUUGAUAAGUAUUUCAUUUUGCAUAAAAGUCCGCGGUCUGAUAAUAAUAACGCGCGAAACAGGGUGACUUUCUUCUUUUGCGUUUCCGACCGAGAGGAAAAUAAAAUCGUAUUGUUAAUUUUUGUGAACUGUGCCUCCCCUUUCUGAAAUUUCGGAUACAAUCGAGCAUAGAGAAUUUGUUCUAUAUUAGAAUACGAAUGUUGUACAGCUUUAACUUAAAAUGAAUUGUAUCGGAAUCGAAGACCAGUGAAAAUUUCAGUUUGCGUCGAAGCACAGAAGAUUUGUUCAUUAUAUCUCAUCACAAAUCGACGAUUAAGGGAUCAUCCGUCUAUAAUUAGUUUGUAAUUUUCGAUUGUGAAAUAUUAUUUGAUUGCAAAUACGCAAUAUUAUGUAGAACUAUCGAUCGAUUAGUAAUAAUUUAAGUUUCGUAGAAUUUAUUUAGUUCGACUAACAAGCAAUUCAAGCAAUCGGAAUUGAUAGGAACAGGCGUAUAACUUCUUUUCUAUUUUUUAUUUCCCAGUUUACUUAUCAAUCGACUAUUUUGUACUUGAUUUAUAACUUACAAAUUAAUAAAUAGAUCGAUUUAUUUGAUAA